UUGUCGACAAACGUGUGCUAGUAGUAAACGUGUACCCACCCAUCCACAAUGGCUUCAUCCGGUUGUGAUCAAAACAUCAACAACCUGCCGGAUGGCAUUCUUCAGGAAAUCUUCAGCUAUCUUCAUGUGGAAGAUCGCAAAACGGCCGCGUUGGUGUGCCGCCUUUGGGAGAAGGAAGCUUUCUCCGCUCGUUUACUAGCCAAUGUCCUGCUUCGUAUUUUCCACACUAAUUGCCCCAUAAAACUGAAAGUGCUGCAAAAUAGUACGCGCAAAUAUAGGAACGUCAGGAUAUGUGAUAAUCAUCGGUGCGAGGACACCUUCGAAUUCAUUGUGGCUGUUUUAGAUAAAUUCGGGACGACAAUAGAAGGAUUCACAAUCAACGGCCCCCAUACGACAGCGCAGUUGAAGGUAUUUGCAAAUAUGAUACCUUAUUUGAAAAGACUGAAAAUUUUUGUUAUGUUUUCGGGAACGCGUCAGAAUGAGCUUCCGGUUUUGGGCAUGCUGCAUGAAAUGCAUGUAACGUUCUCCUCGCAAGAGGAUUUAGAUGUGCUACGCAUAGCGCCGAACGUGCAGCGUUUGAGUUUAAUCAACUAUGGCCACAAUAUACGGGUAUACGAAGUAUUGGAACUCCGUGCAAACCAACUGAGGUCGUUGGAUUUGUACAUCAGUGAUCUGUACUCUAUAGAUAAGCUGCGGUUCGAGAAAUUAGAAGUUCUGAAGCUUCGAUUACUAUUAAGUAAUGAGUUUGAAAGCCACAGACUACAUAAUCUGUUUAAGGGAUUACGAGAGUUGAAGGCUGCUCAUUUGGGUUUUAGUAUAUCUGAGUCCACGCUGGCAGUCUUAUGUAGUAGCUGUCCUAAGCUUAACACGCUCGAGAUUAGGGCCAAAAAUUUGACGGUUGAUUCGUUUAAGUACCUGAAUAAACUGAAAAAUCUUCAGGUUUUCAUGGUUAAAGAUCUUGAUAUGAGAUUAUUAGCACAGUCUGAUCCAGUCAAUGCCAUCAAGGCGCUGCAUUUUGAUGCGGAUUACGUGGAGAACGUGGAAUUCGUUGACAAACUGUAUAAAGUUUUUCCCAACGUCAGUAGCAUGGAGAUAACCAAUAUACAUACCGAAGGUUUCACGACAUUCCGUCACAUUUGCAGAAAAUUCAUCCAGUUGACCAAAUUGACUAUUAUUGGAGAACCAUUGAUUGAAGCAAUCGAAAAGUACAACCCUCUAGAUAAUCUUGGAAACGUGGAGGAACUACGUUUUGUCGAAACUUCUACAUUCGGUACAGCAAUUUCGCCAAAUCGUGUCAAACGUUUGAUUUUGGAUGUUCUGCAAAAAAAUAAAUAUUUAUGUAUCAAUAGAUAUUUUCCCCAUCUAAAACAUCUGGAAGUUAGACGCCGUUGGAAAUUAUCUCCGGAAGACAUCGCAAUGGUGCAUCGUAAAUUUCCAAAUUGUGUUGUUGAUUACGUGCUCACAAAUGUACUCCGUGCUGAAUAAGUUCGGAUAUACAGUACAAUAAAAUUGAAUUUAUUUCCCAUCUGUAAUUCAAACUGGCAAAGUUAAUGUAUUAUUUUAAAGCUCACAUAAUACUUAUCAAAUGUUUUGAAAUAAACUGUCCUUUAUCCUUUUCUAUUAAUUGCAAAUGUGUCUCAAGUUCCUUUUGGCACGCACGUCUUUCAUUGGUAUUUCGUCUAGUUUUUAUUGAGUAAUGGCGUUAAGUUAAUCAAAUUAGGAUGUUGUCCUCCGCAUUAGUAAUAGCAACUAUGACCAUACGAAAUAAUCUACCCGACUAGAAAAUUAUAUCAGGUUUAUAUCAUAUUAUGUUAUGAUGUUAUAACAUUUUUCUAUAACUUAUUUUGUUAUAAACUAGAUGCAGGAUGAUGUUGAAAUAACUAAAAUUGUAACAAAAUUACACCGGUCUAAUCAAGAACCUAUUCUGAUACAAUCACAUCAAAAUUAUAACAACAUGUGAUAUGAAUUUUAGCCUCAGGAUUACUAGUUUCUAUCCAAAUUUGAUACAAUUUUGUAACAUUAUUUACCAAAUGUCGUAGACUCUAAACUAAAUUAUAAUACAAUGAGUAGGUAAUCGAACAACAUUUAUAACAUAAUGUGAUAUAAUUGAGUUAUAGUAUUUUGAAAACACCAAGGAUGUUGAACAUGAUUAUAUCACAAUGAGUUGUAAAUAUCAUGGUUUGUUAUAAUCAUGUUUCAAUUAUGUUAUAAUGUUCUAGUCAGGUAUAAGAUUCAGAUUGGGUGAAGUACGGAGUCAUUUCAUCUUGAUCUUUAAUGACUUUUGUUUUGUAAAAAAGCAAUGCUGCGUUAUAUCUAAGUUUUACCCAUAAUUAUCUUUUCCAAAACUUGAUUAUAUACCUAUUGUGGCAAAUUUUGCCACAAUUUAUUGCUGUUUUUUACCCUUAUUCGAAAGAUUAUUGAAUUAACUGGUUUAGUUAAAUAACUAAGUUUUCUAGAGCAAAAUAGCUCAAAUGUAGUGUGUUUUAAUUUGUUUUUGUAAAUUAUCUUUGAAUAAUGCGUAAUAAAUUAAAAUUCUUUCUCAGGCAAAGUGGCGGCCCCUGUUCCACUCAACAAUUCGUUCUUUGGCAUUAAACAUCUCUCUCUUAUCGUUUACUUGCAAUUUCGAUUUGAACAUCGCAUUUCAAGUCAUAAAUUUGCAACUGUCAAGGUAAGCACUUUUUUGCGCAUU